AUGGAGGACGAUUUGGCAGAGAUAAUUCAGAGAUUUGCUCUAUCUAUGUCUGAAAUGAAAGGGGCUGAAAUUGACGCGGAGGAUCUGGGUAAUGGGGUGCAGGAAUGUCAAAAAAGCAUAAUUGGGAGAAUUAAGAGGGAAAAAGUAGCAAACUUCACAGUAGUUAAGAAGUUCGUUACUGCUGCAUGGGGCUAUCCAAAGGAUCUGAGGACAACGGAAUUAGGACCUAACCUGUUUCAGUUCCUUAUCCCAAGAGAGGAAGAGAGGGAGAAAAUACUAAAUGGUGGGCCUUGGAUACUGGACAACCAGAUACUUAUCCUCAGAUCGUGGGAAAAAGGGAUUGAAGAGGAUGAGAAUGCCUUUAGGCUAGCCCCCUUGUGGGUACAGGUUUGGAACCUUCCCCUACACUGGAUAGCUAAGGAAGUUGGCAAGAAAAGAGGAAGUGCUUUUGAAGAAGUGAAGGAGGUAAUCAUUCCCCAAGGGGGAGGGAAGGAUGGUAAGCAUUUGAAGUUGUGGGUAACAAUGGACACAACCCAACCUCUCCCACGAGGAACAGCUGUGAACGUGGAUGAAGUGUAUAAGUGGGUGCAAUUUAAAUAUGAGAGAUGCCCUGACUUCUGCUACAAAUGUGGAAAGAUUGGUCAUAGUGAUAGGACCUGCAAGAUGCAUAUAGCGUUAAGCAAAGGACAGAAUGAGAACCAAUAUGGUCCGUGGAUGAGGGCAGGGGGAGGAAAGCUCUCACCACAAAAGGAAAGCAACAGUUCUUAUAGGAAGGAGAAUGAGAAGCAACAUUGGCUGUACAGGAAUGGGGAACUAGUUCCCAAGUACCAAAGUCCAUCACUUCAACAGAGGAAUCUGAUGGAAAGAUGGACGGCAGCAAACAUGGUGAAGCAAAACAGUGAAGGAAGUAGACACCAGGAAUUAGCUGAAAUACAGGAACAGUCAGUGAAGGACAGGGAAAUUGUAUGGUAA